AUGGAAACUCCGAGCAUAUUUACCAAAGAUUCCGAAGUAAAAGAUCUGACAAUCAUAGAUCCGCAAGAAGACGACCCGAAAAUUACUUUUAGAAAGGAGACUUACUAUAUUGGAGAAAUGCUUGAAGCUAAUUGUACUACUUCGCCUGCCAAGCCUCCUCCGCACAUUACUUGGUUGAUUAAUGAUGAAAAGGUACGAGACUCGUUAACGAAAUCCUUUUCCAACGGCCUGAUUCACGGUCAUGGCUAUUUCGAAACCAGAGCUCCUUCCAUUAAACAAUUAUCCAUCGAAGUGUCGCAGCUUCACGCCGGCGACGACGGCAGAUUGAGACUCACGUGCAUGGCAACGAUUCCCGGCUACGUGAAUAACGAGAGCGACUAUGCCGAUAUCAGGAAUGCUACAGUCGAAACUCUUAAGAGAAAAAGAUUCGGAAUGAAAGAACAAACAACACUAAAAACUUAUAGCAAAGAUGAAACUUUGGUAGCCAACAGUCUGGACGCCAAAUCGACCUCGAUAGCCAUAAGAAUCAACCUGUUGACAUUCAAAAUUCAAGUGGCAGACAAUGGUGAAGGCAUCACCGAAGAAAACAUGCAUUUUUUAGGGCUGCGCCACACGACCAACAAAUGCCGGAAGUACAAAGACCUUGAACACCUCAAAACUUACGGAUACCGAGGCGAAGCUUUGGCCAGUAUUGUGGAAAUGUGUGAAAAAAUGACAGUAACUUCUAGAUGUGAAGAAUCAAACGAUACUUAUUUUAAAGAAUUGAGUAAAGCAUUGAAAGGCAAAGUUAGUUUGGGUAAACAUAGAUCCAGUAUCGGGACUACUGUAACUGUUUUGGGUUGGUUUAGUACGGUUCCAGUAAGACGACAGCGAAUUAUUGAGGAAAUUGAGCUGGAAGAAGUCAAGAAAAAUUUAGAAGCUUUAAUAAUUAUCAAUCCACAAGCAUCGUUUAGCUUGAGGAACGACGUAACAGGCUUGCUAAUUCUAAGCAUUCCUAAAACCUCUGACAUAGUCGACACGUUCAGACAUUUACAUCCAGAAUUAAGCGAUGCAUUUACUCUAUUAAAAGUCUCCAAAAGCAAAGUCACCGUGAGACUGUUAAUACAAAAAGAACUGUUUUCCACAAAAAAGUUUCAGUACAUAUACGUCAAUAAGCGACCAGUUAAAUGUUCAAAAAUUAAACAGCACAUCUACAAAACUUCAAGUAACAAUCCUAAAAACAAACAGUCGUUAUUGUUCGGUAACAAAAAACAUCCUGUGUACGUAAUGAACAUAAAAUGUCCUCAAAAAUGCUUGGACCUAACUUCAAAAGAGUUAGAGAUGACUUGUUGGGACUUGGUUUUAACUUGCAUCGAUAAGUUGAUCAAGAGAUUUUUUGGAUUCGAAGAAAAGGAUAAACCUAUAGUUAAAGCCAAUAAGGAAGUGAAAGUUAAUUGUGGCCUAUCCAGGAUAUUUGGCGUAGUCGAAGCUACAGCUUAUAAAAGAAAAAGCGAUGAAAUUGUUAUGGAGGAUACUGGUAAAAGAAUGUGCUUGGAUAUGUUUAAACCAAUAGAAGAUAAAGAAGUUGCAGAUAAAACAAAAUCCAGUGCAACUGAUGAGUUGAAGUCAAUUGGAGAAUCUCCUCCAAAAGAAAAUUUAAAAUCUACAAAAUCAGCAACAGUUAGCGAAGAAAAAUUUGAUCAGAAAUCGACCUAUUCCAAGCUAAAUGAUGAUGAAAAUUUAGGCAAAAAGCUCAUAUUGGACAUGUUUUUGAAAUCGACUCAAGUCUAUCCAUCAGAAGAGGAUAUCAACGCAAGCGGAGAAACUAUUCAAGAAGCAAACAUGUUAUUUGAAAAUCAAAUUGAAGACCCGAUAAAGGGGACAAAUACUACAAUGUCCGUUAGCAUUAAUGUUAAAAAGAAGAGACUUAAGCGUAAGGCAAAUGGAGUGCAAACUAGAAGGAAACCUUCAAAACGCAUUUUAAAAAAUCCUAGUGUUAAUAAUGUUGAUGUGACGUCGAAAGCGGUGCAAACAAGUCUAGGCCUUUUGUUCCAGAGCCGUCAAGAAAUGCACGAAUUGACAGAUACAUUUCGGGAAUUUUCUUUGGACAACAAUGAUGAUUAUACAGUGGCUAUUCAUCAGAAUAAUAAAGAGGGAGAAUAUAUGUUUCUAAAGAAGAGAGUUGAUGAUAAUAGUUGGGUUGCGCCACUGAAAGUUGUUCGCGGUGAAUAUGAGAAUUAUUUCAAUUUUAAAAAACCCAUGAUGAAUGAGGGUAAUUAUUUGCAAGGCAUGCAAGAGGAGGAUAAUUACGAAAGAUACAAAAAACCAUUUAAACCACCAAUAAUGGAAGGUAAUUAUUUGCCUUUUCAAGACAAGCAGUUUGAGAUAACAGAGGGUAAUUGUGAGAGAUUUAAGAAACCUCAACCAAGACCUGAUCACCUGAUAAAUAGUGAGACAGAGGAAGGUAGUUGUUUGCCUUUUCGCGGUAGGCAAGAACAAGAUGAUAAUGAACAAUUUGUUCAUCCGCUGAGAACUAAACCAAUUUUGAAUGGUAGGGCAGAGGAAGGUGAUUAUUUUUCUUAUCGAGGUAUCCUAUUGCACCAAGAGAAAGAGAAUUAUGAAAAAUUUACCAAGGCCUCAGAACAUCCAAUCAGAUGUAAACCCAUUAUAAAUAGUAGAGUAGGAGAAGGUAGUUAUUUGCCAUUUCACGGUAUGCAUUUUCAGCACGACGAAGAUAAUAGAUUUAGAAAACCAUUUGAACCUCCAUUGAUUAGGAAUAGUAGGACAGAGGAAGGUAGUUUUUUGCCUUUCCACGGCAUGCAGCCCCAAAGAGAAGAUAAUAAUGAAAAGUGCAACAAACCCUUUGAACUUCCACUGAGACCUAAACCAAUCAUUUUCAAUAGUAUGGCAAAGGAAGGUAGUUAUUGUCCUUUUCAAGGUAUGGAAUUGCAACAACAGAAGGAUAUUUAUGGAAAAUUCAAAAACCCCUCAGACCCUUCAAUUAGAUAUGAACCGAUUGUAAAUAGUAGGACAGAGGAACUUAGCUCUUUGCCCUUCCACGGUAUGCAAUUUCAGCAGGAACAAGAUAAUAAUAAAUUCAAAAAGCCUUUUCAACCUCCAUUGAGAUCUAAGCCGAUUCUAAAUAGUAGGACAGGUGAAGGUAGUCAUUUGCCUUUUCACGAUAUGCAGCAACAGCAAGAAGAUGAUAAGCAUGAAAAAUUCAAAGCUCCACCAAUUUUCAAUAGCAGGACAAAUGAAGGGAAUUGUCAUUUUCGAGGCAUGCAAUUGGAGCAAGAGGAGGAAAAUUAUGAUACAUUUAAAAGACCCUCGGAACCUCCAAUCAGAUAUAAACCCAUUAUAAAUGAUAGGGCAGACGGAAUGCAAUUUCAGGACGAAGAAGAUAAUAAUGAAAAAUUCAGAAAACGCUUUGAACCUCCGCUGAUGUCUAAGCCAAUUCAUAACAACAGGGUAGAGGAACGCAGUCAUUUGCCUUAUCAUGGUAUGCAAUUUCAACACGAAGAUGAUAAUAAUAAAUUCAAAAAACCUUUUGAACCUCCAUGGAGAUCUUCAAAUGGUAGGACAGAGGAAGGUAGAUAUUUGCCUGUUCAAAGUAUGCAAUUUCAGCAAGAGGAGAUCGAUUAUGAAAACGUUGAAAAGCCCUCAGAACAUCCACGAAUAUCUAAGCCAGUGGUAAACGAAGAUAAUUAUAAUUGUUUUCCUUUCCAAGGUAUGCAAUUUCAGCGAGAAGAUAAUCAUAAAGAAUUCGAAAAACCCUAUGAUCUUCCUCAAAUAUCUGCACCAAUGGUAAAUUGGAUGAUUCAGCAGAAAGAAAACAUUUAUAAAAAAAUCAAAAAACCAAAAGGGAAUGAGGGUAAUCAUUGGGGCAUUCCAAAGAUGCUUCGAUUUGAGCUGCAGGAGAAUAAUAAUUAUGAAAAAUUGGAAGAGAGAUUUAAUGAGGGUAAUCAUUUGGCUUUGCAACGGAUGCAACAAUUUGCACGAAAAGAAUCUGAAUAUAAACAUUUUAAAAAUCCCUUAAAACCUUCAUUAAGAAUAAAUCCAAUGGUAAAUAAUGGCGAUUGUGUGCCUUCUCGGGGCAUGACGCUUGCACCAGAGGCACGUGGCAUUACAAAUUUCGAAAAACCUCCAGAACCUCCGUUAAUAUCAAAACAAAUGGCACUUAAGGACAAUUAUUUUCAAUACGCACACAAGGAGGAUAAUAAUGACAAACUCAAACACUUUUCAGAAACUCCACUGAUAUCAAAACCAAUGAUAAAUAAGUUGCCUUUUCAAAAAAUGCAACAGUUUCAGUCGGUGAGUGAAACAUUCCAAAACCCCAUGGAACCUUCAUCAAGAUCAAACCCAUUAGAUAGAGUCAACGAUGAUAACUAUUUGGCUUUUCCAGGUAUGCAAGAGGAUGUAAGAUUCAAAAAAACUACAGAACCUUCAUUAUGGGUAAAACCAGCAGUAAAGAAAACAAGGGAUAAUAAUUAUAGGCCUAUUCUAGGUAUGCAUCAGUUUGAACAAGAGAAUGUAUAUGAGAAUUUAAAAAAACCCGUAGAACCUUUACAAAGGCAGAGGGCAGUUGAACAAGAGAAUAUUACUGAUAAUUUUAGAAAACCCUUAGAGCCUGCACCAAGAGUGAAUAGGAACUAUUUGCCUCAUACAGCAAAGUAUCAGUUUGAGCAAGAUAAAACUAAUUAUGAAAAGUUUCCGGACCCUGCAGAAGCUCUACAAAAGUCUAAACAAAUAAAAAUUGGUAGGGUGAAGGAGGGAUAUUACUUCCCUCCUAAAAACAUGCAAUUUGACCAAAGAAAAAAUACGUAUGAACAUUUCCAAAACCCUCAGGAAUCUCCACCAAUGAACAGGUUACAGGAGAGUGAUUAUUUGCAUUUUCGAGAAAUGCAACAGCAGAAUUAUAUCCAACAUUUUAAAAAAUCCUUGAAACCUUUACCAAUAAAUAAUUUUGUGCAGGGCAUCCACUUACCUUUUUCAUGCCUGCAACAGGAUGCACCAAUGGCGAAUGAGUACAAUUGCUUGCCUUUUCAAGGCAUGCAAUUUCAGCAAGAGGAGAAUGAUUAUGAGAAAUUCAAAAAACAUCCAGAACAUCCACUUGUAUCUAAACCCAGGGUAAAUAGUUGGGAGAAGGAAUCUGAUUAUUUACCGUUUCAAGGCAUGCGAUUUGAGCAUGAUUAUGAAAAAUUUAAAAAACCCUCAAGACCACCACUAGUAUCUGAACCAGUCUCAAAUAGGGUAAACGAGAACAACUAUUUAUCGUUCCGAGGUAUUAAAAAACUUUCCAUUCCAAGAACCAACCACAUUUCAGGGCCAAGUCCAUAUUUCAGCAAAAAGAAUAAAGGAUUCAAAGAUUCCAAAUCCAACAAUAAUUGCAUAAAAUCUCCAACAAAUUCAACAAUAAGUAACUAUUUCAAGGAAAAUCCUCAAGGAAAUUGUUAUCUAACAAAUAAUGUUCAACCUGAAACCCCAGAAAACUAUCAAAAUAUCCAAGUACCUUAUAGUAAUUGUCCUCAAAGACAAUGUAUUGCGCCUCAGGGAAAAGAAACUGUCAACCCAAAUAGUUACUAUUAUCCUAAAGAAAACGAUAACCAAAUUUUUGAAGCACUGCCUGAAAUUGUUCCAGAUGAUGCUCUGGAAGAGCCUCCUUGGCUCACACCAAACGUUUCAAAUGACGAUUUUUAUAUGGAGCGAAGCCCAGAAGCAAAAGAUCAUAAUGAAACUUAUAAUUAUUCGCCCAAUAUUUUCCGUACUGAGGCUCAACCAGCUCAAAAAGAGGAUUUCUACGAGAAAUCAGGCUCCAAAAAGUUUGAUUUCAAUAUUUUCAGCAAUAAUGAAAUUCAAACUCAAAAAGAAUUGGGUAGUUUUUGCGAUUUGCAAGAUUUCGGUUUUACUGGUUCGAAAAAUCAGGCGAGCAGCAACUUGGAAAUCAGUAUUCCGAACAAGGAUGGACAAAGGGAGAUUAUCCGAAAGGAUUUGUGUGACUUGCGAGGAAAUAAUUUUGAACUUGGCUCAUUGGAAUCUGACUUAGUGGUGGAGGAAACAGAAAAGUCUCUUGAAAAAAGUAGAGUUAUUGUCAAUUCACAAAACGAAUGGUUGAGGCAUGUAAAUGAUAAUGGAGAAAAGUUUUUCUACAAUAAAAGAACCGGUAUGGUAUCCGUUCAAACGCCCAAACUAUCUCAAACAAAAUUCGACUUUGACGAACGGUUAGAUUUCGUGCCUAAAGGCCUGUCUCCGGCGUUGAAAGGCCACAAAAAAGUUGAGAAACUGUUGAGUCAAAAGGCCAAAAACAAACUGCACGAUUUGAUUUUGGAAGGUUACGAGGAUGAGCUAAUGGUUAUUAAAUGGCAGAAAUUUAUUGGAAAUAGUCCGAAAACAUUCUUUGAAAACAUAUACAAAGAAAAGACGAAACAGUUUGAUGCAAACAUACCUAGUGUACAUGAAAAUGCCCUAAAAAUACCCAAAGACUUCGUCAAUUUUGAUAAUAAAAUGUUUAAAAGUUUGAGGGUUUUGGGGCAACUAGAUAAGAAGUUUAUAGUUGUCUAUGAAACAACUAAAGAUUUGUUGAUUUUGUUCGAUCAACACGCUGUACACGAACGAAUAAGGGUUGAGAGAUUAACAAAGGAAUACAAAGGCAUCAAAACGCCUUACAAGGGACAAUUGACAAUAUUUUUGCAAUACAAUGACUUGUCCCUCUUGAAAAACAAUGUAGAAUAUUUGGAGUCUUUAGGCUUGGGGGUUAAUUUUAUGACUAAUGGAUUACAUGUUACUGAUAUACCUCUUUGUAUGCAAAAAGAUGAGACAAAUUUUGAAGACCUAAACAAAAUCCUCAAUUUUCUAAUAAAAGAUACGGUGGAAGUUUUGAAAGUCAGUCGCGGUUCCGCUGGUACGAUGAUGCCUAAGAUUCUGCAAAAUAUUAUAAGUUUAAGAGCGUGUAGGGGUGCCAUUAAAUUCGGGAAUUCUUUGACUGAAGUUAAAUGUCGCAGUUUGUUGAAGGAAUUAUCGAAAUGUAUGUUGCCUUUUCAGUGCGCUCAUGGCAGGCCGACUUUAAGUCCUAUAGUGAGUUUAGACAAAAUUGAUGUUCGAAUACAGGUCAGACAUCCGAAUUUGAAGAAAUUGCUAAGGAACUGAACAUUUCAUUCUCAAAUAAUAAAUAGGACUGGUAAUGUUGGAAUAUUGUGAUAUUUACAUGGUUACUACAUAUCUAUAUCAGUAUAGCUACCUACUUGUUAAGAAAUUAUUUUUGACGUUUUUUGUUAGUUUUGAAAUUUUGGAAGCUUUGUGGGUAAAGUUUUAGUUACGGGUUUCAGCUGAUUGUUGAGCAAAUGCUUAUUUCAGAAAUCGAUAUUUGUUAGUAAGUUUGAUUAUAUUAUCUUAUUGUUUGGAGAAAACUUAUUUAUAUACAAUGAUAAAUUUAAGUUUAUUUAUUUGUACUUUAUGGCAAAAUUAGUGUUAUACUAUUUAGGUACCUAUUUAUUUAUGUGUUUAGGCCUAAGUUAGAAAAUUUAUCAAUCAAUCUUUAUACCGGGUGUUUUUAAAAACCCGCUCACCCCUAUAACUUUUUUAUUUUUCCAAAUAAACAAAUGAAAUUUGGUGUGUUUAUUUAUGACCCGGAUGUGCAUUUUUUGACGUAUUCAAUUAUUUAAUAUCAUUUCCGGUUUCACUGGAAGUGACCAGAACUUUCCUAUUUUAAAUGAGACGCCAGGUAUAUUUUUCCUCAUUUCAAUAGAAAACUACAUUACGAGUACAAUGACACUUCAUUUGUCACUUUUUGACAUUUCAUCUCCAAAUUAUUUAAAUUUUUACUUUUUAAUCUAGAGCGCCAUGAAUUAGUUAAAUGUUUAAUUUUGCUCCAAGGAACCUGGGAAAAUUUGUUUUGAUCUUAUUUUGUAUUUUAUAUCCUCUACAGAGUCAUUACAAAAUAUUAGAAGUGCAUUUUUCUAAUUAUCUCAAUUUUUUCAAAUGGAAAGGGUGUGGCUCAUUACAAUAUUCCAAAAGAGCGUUUUCUAACGAUCAAUUCAGUACCACACAAUCGCUAGUUCAUCACUCAAAUGAAUAAUUUUCCUAGCAUUCUUAAUAUUUUUGGAAAAUUUUAGUUCAAUAUUUGAAUAAACUAGCGAUUGUGUGGUACUAUAGUUUGUUCGUUAGAAAAUGCUCUCUCGGAAAAUGCUAAUGAGCCAUAUCCUUUCCAUUUGAAAAAGUUGAUAUAAUUCUAAAAAUGCGCUUCUACUAUCUUUAAAUGAGUCUGUUGAGGAUAUAAAAUACAAAACAAGAUCAAAACAAAUUUUCCCAGCGUCCUUAGAGCAAAAUUAAGCAUUUUAACAAAUUGAUAGCGCUCUAGAUAAAAAAGUAAAAAUUUAAAUAAUUUGGAGAUGAAAUGUCAAAAAGUGACAAAUGAGGUGUCAUUGUAUUCGUAAUGUAGUUUUCUAUUGAAAUAGGGGAAAAUAUACCUGGCGUCUCAUUUAAAAUAAGAAAGUUACGGUCACUUCCGGUCAAACCGGAAGUGAUAAUAAAAAAUUGAAUGCGUCAAAUAAUGCACAUCCGGGUCAUAAAUGAACACACAAAAUUUAAUUUGUUUAUUUGGAAAAAUAAAAAAGUUAUAGGGGUGAGCGGGUUUUGAAAAACACCCGGUAUACCAAGGGUAUACCUACCUGAUUAAAAU